AAGUAACUCAAACCCCAUUGAGUAAACAUAUUUCUUAGACUAGAUAUAGCUAGUGUGACCAGAGUAGAUCGAUAACAAAGUUAGUAAACUAAGAUAGAUAUAUUGAGACAUCACCGAUAGACGAUAUAACUGUAGUUGUUGUUGUAAUUUUUUUUCUUGGUAAACAAAUAAUGCAAUAUGUUUUCUUUUUUGAAAUUGUAAGGUAAUUUUUUUUUACUCUAUAGAGUUUAUGCUGUAUGUUUUUGAAAUUGUCAUAUUACUAUAAGAGACGUGUUGCAACGCAGUAUUUUCAUGCUGUGGGGAAAAAAUGUGUCUGCAGCUAGAAAAUGAGGAAAAAAAGAGAAAUUGCAUUGUGAAUUUUCAAGAAAACAAAGCAAACCUGGAUUGUGAUUGUUGUUUUUAAAUUUAUUAUUUGUUUCCAGAACAUUUAAUUUAGCUGAUGGCAUAGCAAAUCGGCAUUGUAUUCCUGCUACUCAGCCCCCAUAUCUUAUAAGUUUAGGUGAUGGGAUUUCUAUAUAAUUUAGUUGUUGUGUUCAAAAAGAAAAAGAAUUAUUUAGUUGUCUACAGCAACCACAUCACCAAUCAGUCAACCUCAUAAUAGAAAUCAGCAAUGUAGAUUUGUAACUAGUUGAGUUUUAAAGGGAAGUAAUGGUCAUUUCAUUUGCUAUUCUCCAAAUACCUCUCAUAGAGCUUUACUUCCAUGUUGGCCGGGUUCCACGGCCAAUGCUGUUGUACUCGUUGUUUCACUGCGUUUAUGGAAUGUUUUCUAUUCUGAAUCAAACUAAAGACGAGAGAUUCCUAAUAUUGCAGCAUACGCAUUGUUUCAUUGAGUUUAUGGAAUGUUUAUUUUUCUGAAUCAAACAAAAGACAAGGGAUUAUAAAUAUUGCAUGUAGGUGAGGAUCAUAAAAAAGGUAACUCUAAAAAUAUGUUAAAGCCUUUUACAAACACGUCAACAGAAGAUGAUGAUGAUGCGUGAAUAGUUAAAGUUGGAACAAUGUUAUCUUUCCAUUUUUUUAUCUUUCCAUUUUUGCAAUACUCUUCUUUCCUUCCACUUUUUGAUUUCUUUUAAAGAAAAUAAUAGAAAGGUUUAAGGGUUCUUUAACUUGUCUUUCUCUUACAGUUAAGAAAAAGGGCGAAACCGAUGGAAACUCCAGAGAGUACAACAAUAGAACUAUGUCCCGACAAAAUCUUAGAUGAUGUCGGCAGUACGUUCGGCUUGGGCAUUGCCGGAGGAUCAGCCUUUCACUUCAUCAGAGGAAUCUACAGCUCUCCCGCCGGUGCUCGUCUCUCCGGCGGCGCUGAGUAUGUACGUAUGAACGCCCCGAGAGUCGGAGGAAGCUUCGCCGUAUGGGGUGGUCUCUACUCGAGCUUUAUCUGCGCUAUGGAGUACGCGAGACAGAAGGAAGAUUCAUGGAACACGGUCUUUGCCGGCGCCGCCACCGGAGGUCUUUUAUCGCUGCGUCAAGGCUUCCGCGUGUCUUGUAACGGGGCUUUAAACACUGUUGUGCUUUUAGUUCUCACAGAAAGAACCGUAGCCGCUGUGUACAAAUUCGCGAAUCCUGCGCAGGACGAGGAUGCUUUAGUGGAUGAUGCAGCCUCGUUACCACCUGGUGUGCACAUGGGUCAGGUUCUUGGUCAGUCCGUUCCGGAGACUUCUUCUGCUACGGAGGUUUGUUCGAGAUCUUGGUUUGGAGGUUUGAUUGGGAGUGGGAAGAAGAAAGAGACUGAGGAUAAGUCAGGGAGUACAACUCAGAUUCUGGAGAGCUUUGAUGCGUCUCAUGUGCCAAUUGACGAAUUUAACUAAUAUGUCUGAAUUUAUUUUAUUAAAUACAGAACAUUAUAUAAAUCAGAAACGUUAGGACUAUAAUAUUUUGUUAAUUUAUAAAAUUAUUAAUUUAUUAAAUUUUGGUUUCAAAAUAUAUUUUUAUAAAAUAAAAACUAAUUGAUC